UUACGGGUGUGGAACGACAUGAGGGUGAGUAAGUAAUGACAGAUUUGUCAUUUUUAAGUGAACUAACCCUUUAAAGCUAUAGUCCACCCAAAAAUUAAAAUUCUGUCAUAAUUUACUCACCCUUAUGUUGUUCCAAACUUGUAUGACUUUCUUCUGUGGAACAUAAAAUACAUAUUUUGAACAAAUAUUUAUUUAUUUAUUUAUUUAGUUAGUUAGUUAGUUAGUUAGUUCUUUUUGUUCAUAUAAGGGAAGUCAAUGAUCACGAAAACUGCUUGGUUACCAAAAUUCUUUAAAAUAUCUUCUUUUGUCCUCUACAGAAGAAGGUAAAGUAAUACAGGGUAGGAACGACAUGAGGGUGAAUAAAUGUACUUUUUUUUUUUUUUUUUUAGUCUACUACCCCUUUAAUUGUAGUUUACAAUACCUUUUUUGCCAUUUUGCCUGAGACUCGCUGUACAACUCACUGUGUUAAUACAUACGUCAGAACUUUCCCCUACAACUUUCCGUUGUUACUUUCAUACACAUGUUCAUGUUCUGUUCCUGUAUCAUUCGUACAUCAUGCUGCUCAGUGUCUGUCUCCUGCUGUCUGUCUUCUCUCUGUCAGCCUCUUGUGUCAUUAUCACAGGAGGGUUAGAGAGUGGUAUUGUAGGAGGCAGAGAGGUUAAACCUCAUUCCAGACCAUACAUGGCAUCUCUCCAGUAUAGAAGACAACAUAUGUGUGGAGGGAUGCUCCUUAAGGAUGAUUAUGUGCUGACAUCAGCCCAUUGUUUGUCUCAGACCUCCAACUACUUAGAAGUUGUUCUGGGAGCUCACAAUAUCAGCCAGAAUGAGCACAGCCAGCAGAUAAUCCAAGUAGAGGAGUACAUCCCACAUCCCAGUUAUACAAAAAAUAACUUCACCUACGAUAUUAUGUUACUAAAGUUGAAGACCAAAGCUGUGCGGAAUGAGUUUGUGGAUGUUAUUCAUCUACCUAAGAACAAUAAAAAUAUUCCCGCCCAUAUGGAAUGCUUCAUUGCUGGCUGGGGUAUGACAAAACCCAGAGGAAAAGAAUCAAGUGUUCUGCGGGAAGUCAGCCUCAAAUUGCAGUUCAGCUUUGAAUGUGAUCAUAAGUGGAAGAAAUAUUUCAACUCUGAGAAAAUGAUCUGUAGUGUCUCAGAUGGGAAAAAGGCUUUCUGUCAGGGUGAUUCUGGCAGUCCUCUUAUUUGCAACUCCAAACUUCAAGGAAUGGCUGCAUACACAUAUCAUUCUGACUGUACAUCCAAGAAGUAUCCUGAGGUCUACAUGAAAAUAUCUGCCUUCCUUCCGUGGAUUAGGAAGUACAUUAAGUUACUAAAAUAGCAUCUUAUAAUGAACAUUUAUGCACCUAAAUGAUAUAUUUUGUGUAUAAUUGUGAACACUGAAAAGCUAUUUUACUAAUUUUGGCUACGCCCUGCUGCCAUUUCCAGUUUUUUGAACUUCAUAAAAAUGGUCAGGAAUACAUUUUUUUCCUUUUUUGUUGUUGUUGUUGUUGUCUGUAUUGCCUCUUAGGCUCCUAUUGGCCUGGUCUUUGGCUGUAAAUAAAAUGCUAUCUACACUAUCAGUCAGUGUGUGAUGAAUAGGACACCAAAACUGCAACCCAACAAAUAUUUUUAAUAAACAUGAGAUUUGGAAUUAAUGUACUUUUUAUUUUAUUUCUUCUCUGAUAGCAUUGCUUUUAAUUGAUAAUUUAAAUAUAAAUAAAUAAAAAUUGUUCUUACAUUAAAGGUGCAGUUUUUUUUGUUCAUAAUUAGACUUAAUUUAUUACCUUUCGUCAAUCUGCAUAAAGUCUACUAGUUCCUGUUGCAACUGUCAAAAACCUUUUUUGAGGUUAACCAGUUUGAGCAUUUGUUUUGCCAGUUUGAGACUAUUAAUAAACAAGUGAUAAGA